CUUGGGUGAAGAUGUUCCAGUUGCUGAUACUCCCACUGCUCUUCUUGCUUCUCUCUGGGAUCCCAGCAGAAGAGGUGAAACAAUUUCCCAUACUCAUCAUGGCUCAAGAAGGGGACACAAUCAAUAUCACCUGCGCUACCAUUGGAGAAUCAAUUGGGCUCUACUUGAAGCGAAACAUUGUCAGGCCCAUGGAUGUGUUAUAUUUCUCAAGAAAAAAUGAAACCAUCAUAACAAAAAGUUACGAGAACCGUACCAUCAUCUCUGGGUCCUUGAAUAAUUUAGUGAUCACAAUAACCAAUAUACAACUGAAUGACACUGAUGUCUAUGCUUGUCAAGCCACAGCAUCUACCAAUCUUCUGGGAAAUGGUACCGUGGUGAUGGUAACAGAAAAAAAGUGGAUAAAAGAGAAAGGAAACCUGAAGAAUUUACAGGUGGGGGUGAUCUUGAUUGUAGCAUCUUUCUUCAUUGGGCUGGCCCUGUGGCCACUGUUCGUGAUGUUGAAGAAGUGGGUGCACAAUUUAAGAAAGACCCAGAAUCCAUCAUGUAUUAUAUAUGAAGACAUGUCCUACACCAUUCAACGCAACACUAUAUGCCGGGACAAUCAGUACAACUGACCAGCCUCACUGUGGAGACCAAGCAAGGGGACCCUAAAGAAAGACAUUUCUGCUUUCCCAUUCUGUAACUUCUCUCUGCCUUUGAAUGAGGAAUUCAGUGUUCCACCAGAAAACAGCCAACACAAAUCAUCCUAGGGUAAAGGAGAUUAAGUUGUUUAAUGGAUUUUAAAUUUCAUAGGAUAAGAAAUGGAAGAUAUCAGGUCCAGCAUACGCCAACCUACUUCCAUUCCAUUUUUCAGACUUGCCAGAGACUCCAUACAAAGCAGUUACCAGAGCUGAGAUUUGCCCCCAGAUCAUUUAGGUGGAGGGGCCGGGGGGAGGUGAGAGACUUUUGGAAGGGGGAAGGUAUACUAAUAGUGUUGCCCCCAAAAAGUGAAAUAAAAGAAAUGAUGUCAUUGAAUUGUCUUUAAAAAUAUACAAAAAAAGAACAGAAAGGAGUUCAGAAGAAAACAGACAUUAAGAUUGGGUAUGAGAAGGAGUCCACACUUAGGCUACAACUGUAGAAAAGAACAAAUAGACAUCAGAGAAAGGACCAGUUGUCUUGAUAUAACCUUCUCUUGUAAGGGGUUGGUGCUGACCCCAGGGCUGUUGGGACCCUAGUGCUUGGCCUGUUUCCUGGGUAAACCAGACAGGCUUAGUAGGAGUGGAACGGCAGGCACCCGGAGGGAGGGCCUCCACCCUUGGGAAGCCCCUGUAGUCUACCCACACAUGCAGG